GAAACCUUGCAACCUUAAAUUAACCAACCUACUUCUAUAACGUACAAGCUAGAAAGAGAGAAGUAAUAAUAAUGGAGAGAAGAUUGUAUGAUGCAGCAAGAAAAGGGAGUGUAAAAUCUCUACUAGAUUUGCUCAAAGAAGAUCCAAUAAUUCUUGACAGAAUUUCCACUUUAGGAAUAUAUUCAGAAACACCCCUUCAUAUAGCUGCUACUUUAGGUAACGUUGACUUUGCUAAGGAACUUCUAAGAAGAAAGCCUACCCUUGUCUCUGAAGUUGAUUUACACAAAUCCACACCACUUCACCUUGCAUCAGCCACCAACAACGUCGAAUUCGUAAGACUUCUUCUCAACGCUAGCCCCGGGAUCGUGUGUCGAGCACAGGACGCGUAUGGAAGAUGUCCUGUUCAUGUUGCAGCUAUUAAGGGUCGGGUCGAUGUGUUGAAAGAGUUGAUGCGAGUUGAUCAUGGUGCCGCCCUCGUUAGGACGGACCAGGAUGAUAGUAUUUUACAUUUGUGUGUUAAGUUUAAUCAAUUUGAAGCAUUGAAGUUGUUAAUGGAAAAAAUUGGUGAUGCUGCGUUUUUUAACUGCGGGGAUUAUGAUGGCAAUACGAUCUUACAUCUUUCGGUUCUUAACCAACAAACCGAGGUGAUCAACUAUCUACUCCAAAACACCACCAUAGACAUCAACGCAAAGAAUGCAAAAGGCGAAACAGCAAUGGACAUCUUAUACAAAGAUGCAGGUGGUAUAAUUGGGCGCACCCUUCACAACGCCGGAGCCAUUACUUCAAACCUUCCACCAUCUUCGCUUCCUCAAAACAACGGCGGUAUAAGGAAAAACUCUGUGCUAAAGUACUUGCAGGACAAACAGGAAGCUGUAAUGAUCGCAGCAUCACUAAUAGCAGCCGCCGCCUUUCAAGCUGCUGUCAAUCCUCCUGGAGGCAUUUACCAAGAAACUUAUGAUGACUUAGGAAAAGAAGUAACGACAAAGCGUAAGGCAGGCACUUCUAUUAUGGCAUACAGUGACUCACGCCUUUACACUGCGUUCAUUGUCGAAAACACGGUCGGGUUUUUAGCUGCCCUGUCUGUGUUCCUGUUGCUCCUAACAGGGUUGCCUCAGAAGUACAAGUUCUUUAAGGGGCUUUUUAUGGUAUCGAUUUGGAUGGCUAUUGUUGCGAUUGCAGCGAGUUACGUGUCUUCUGUAAUAACACUUGCUCCUCCUUUGGAAAAAGAUAAGAUCGUUGCAUUCUCUUAUGCAGUGUUAGUCAUUGCUGUACUGUUAUGGAUUUUAAUUAUUUUGUGGUAUGCGGGUCUUGGUCCUCGCAUAGUUGGGAUUAUUCAGCAGAGACGUGCCUCGAAAAACGGACCGAUGACACGGACGGGUAGUCUCCUUGGUGGAGCAGCUGGUGGUACUGGCAGUGUGUAAUGAUCCUGCUAUGUUGUUGUUUUGUCGAUAAUGUGGUUGAAUUAUAAACGCAGAGUGGAAAAUUUUGUGUACAUUUGAUGUAUUGUGAUAGUUGUGUAUUUUGUUGUUGCUGAAUGUUGUUUGUUAGUCAUCCUGUUUUCCAAAUUUGUAUACAAAAUGUGCUUGUAAAAAAUGUGGCUUGAUUGGGGAAGUUGAUCCAUCA